AGCAGUUCAGUAGUACUUGGUCGCUGGAUCGGGUUAGAAGCAGAAGUUCUCGGUGCGCACCCGUCCCAUCCGUCCGUCCGAAAAACCAAUCGUCGUUGGUGGGGUUCGUUGCCUGUGUCUCUACGGCAGUUUUGUGUGUGUGCGCGCGCGCACGAAGUGUUUGUGUGAGUGAGUGUUGCUGAAGUACUCUCUACCUCUCUCUAUCUCUCUCUCUUGCCUACCCUAUCGGGUCCUGCGAAAGCUUAGUGUUGGUUCGAUUUGUACGUUUCGUUUAUCGGGCAAGUUACUAAGGAGCGCGAAGGUAGAGUGCCAGCUAACGCCCAGUGUCAGAAGUUCACUGGACGUCGGUCAGAGUGAACGUGAUCGCGGGUGGCGUUUGUCGCGGAGGAUGCAACAGUGACUCAACGAAAGCAGUUCGUUUGUACCGUUCAAGUGUUCCUAAAGCAAAAGCAGUGAAGGUGACAGCAAGCGCUCUAAGCAACAAACCCCUCUUGCGUGUGGGUUUUGUGUGUGUGUGUGUGUGUUUUUUGGCAAUUUUAAACCAAAAUCCCGCGUAGUGUGUGAACGAACAAGAACCUCCAGCACCAUGGACAUCCUGCAACAGGAGGUGCGCGGUAUCGCGCUGGCCAACCUGUCCGAGGUCCAGUCGGGCCCAGUGUACAACCAAACGACGGUGCCCCUGAAUCGCAAGGACUCGCGCAACAUGGACCAGGCAGUGAUACGGAACAACACGGCCAACGCGGUGUCGAACCACGAGCUGCGGCCGUUCCAAAACUUGCCAGCCCGCGAACCCGUCGACAUCCAGUUCAAAGACGUGUCGUACUGCGUCAGCCUCGGGUUUCGCAAAGGUCAGAAGGAGAUCCUGCACAACGUGAAUGGCAAAUUUCCAGGCUCGCAGCUGAUCGCCAUCAUGGGCCCGUCCGGUGCGGGUAAGUCGACGCUGCUGGACGUCCUGUCCGGCUACCGACGGACGGGCGUCGAGGGCGCAGUGUACGUGAACGGACGCAUCCGCAACCUGAACAGCUUCCGCCGGAUGACCUGCUACAUUACGCAGGACGAUCGCUUGCAGACGCUGCUGACUGUGGUGGAGAACAUGCGCAUUGCGGCGGAUUUGAAGCUAGGGCCGGAGGUGUCACGCCACGAGAAGGAGUCCAUUGUUGAAGACAUCUUGACGGUGCUGGGACUGUACAAUCAUCAGUUCACCAUUACGAAGCUGCUGUCGGGCGGACAGCGGAAACGGCUGUCGAUCGCACUGGAGCUCAUCAACAACCCUACGAUCAUGUUCCUGGAUGAGCCCACGACCGGGUUGGAUAGCUCCUCGUGCAACCAGGUGGUGGAUCUGCUGAAGCAGCUCGCUAAACAGGGCCGCACGAUCAUCUGCACCAUCCAUCAACCGUCCGCCAAGCUGUUCCAGGAGUUCGACCAGGUGUACGUACUGUCGAACGGGGAGUGCAUGUACCAGGGCUGCACCAACAGCCUGGUGCCGUUCCUGCAGUCCGUCGAUAUGCCCUGCCCGGUGUACCACAAUCCUGCCGAUUACGUGAUUGAGCUAGCCUGCGGUGAGUACGGCGAGGAACGCAUCCAGCGCAUGGUGAUGGAGAUGGGCAACGGUGAAUGUACGGAAUGGUUCACCGACAAGCGGAAGCUACUGAAGCCGGAGCAGCUACGCCAGAAGUACCCGCUGAAGAAGAUCAUCGAACAGAACGAGGACCUGACCGCCACGUCCCAGGUCCACCAGCUGCAGGUCCUAAUCAAGCGCGGCAUUAUCAAGGCAAAGCGGGACGCUACCCUUACCCAUCUGCGGAUCGGCGUGAACAUCAUCAUCGCGGCCAUGCUGGGCUUCCUGUUCAUUGACGCCGGCAACGAGGGUUCGCGCGUACUCGACAACUACAAUCUGCUGUUCUCGAUCCUGAUGCACCACAUGAUGGCCACGAUGAUGCUGACCGUGCUGACAUUCCCCACCGAGAUGGGCGUCAUACUCAAGGAGCACUUCAAUCGGUGGUACACGCUCAAGUGUUACUACCUCUCCGUUUCCAUCAUCGAUCUGCCGCUGUCCGUGUUCUGCUGUCUGAUCUUCACCAUCAUCAUCUACUUGAUGAGCGGGCAGCCGAUGGAGUGGUUCCGUUUCGGCAUGUUUUUCACCAUCAGCCUGCUGAUCGUGCUGAUAGCGCAGAGCAUCGGGUUGACGAUCGGAGCCUGGUUUAACGUGGUGAAUGGUACGUUCCUCGGACCGGUGCUAACGAUCCCGAUGAUGAUGUUCGCCGGUUUCGGUGUGACGCUGCGCGAUCUACCGAGCUACCUGAAAUGGGGCAGUCACAUCUCUUAUCUGCGCUACGGGUUAGAGGGCUACGUGAAUGCAAUCUAUGGCGAAAAUCGGGAAACGCUCGACUGCGAGCUGAAACCGUACUGCCAUUACAGAUAUCCUGCCAAGUUCCUGUCGGAGAUCUCGAUGGAAGGCGAUCAGUUCUGGAAGGAUGUGUACGCGCUCUGCGCCACGUUGCUGCUGGUGCGUGUGUGCUGCUACUUCUGCCUCCGGUGGAAGGUCAUUUCGGUGCGGUAAACUGUUCUAGAAGUAGACGCUUAAAAGCCAGGGGAAAGCUGCCCGCAGGAGCGCUGUGCUGAUGCCGUGAUGCAAAAUCGCUAACCAAUUGUGAUGGAACAGCAAUUAAACGAAUGUGAUUUUCUGUUGAUGCCUCUGUUAUCAGACGCCUGAAGACCCCAAAUCGGUUCGUUACCACGUGACGAGCGCGAAAACGAAGCCAAAAAAAUGGGUUGCCAAAUGAUUCCGUUUCAAAUUCGAUCCAAAUUCCAAGCAAGGAAAAAACCUUAUCGCGGUGCAAGGAAUGCGCCCCGCGAUAAGCAAUACCGCAGUGCAUUUCUACUGUACAUAUAAUACGCCAGAGGGAGAGCUAGAGAUAUGUGUGUGUGUUUUUUUCAUUAUUUUAUAUGAACCACCGUGCUGUAGAAUUAUUUUUAGCUUAGUUUGUGGUUACAGAAAAAAAGGAAAAAAAAAAACAAAACAACAAAACCAAGCACCAUUUCGUUCUGCAGAUUUCAUGAAGGUGUUCUAGGUGUAAGACAUUAUGCAAUAUCCUGUAGUGAGUAGUGCUGCUGAUACCCGUUAGUCAUUCAGAGAGAUAGUCAAUAAAAUGUUACACCAACUUUUUACAACUUA